CGCCUCCGCUAAAAAGAAAUUCCCACAUGUUCAGCAACCGCCGCGUUGCGCCGGGAGGGAGGAAUCUGUCGGGCACUUCCCCCCCUUUUCCUACGCCGGCUCACGUGUUCAUCGUUGGUUCUCGCUCCGCCCCCAGUUCCUCUCCCCCGUCAAUCGGUCGCGGCCAGUGGUGCGCGUUGCUGUCGCGGGACGUUCAAUAAGUUUGCGCGUCGCGGGAACUAAUCGCUGGCAGGCGGCACUGCCACUCGGCGACUCCGACUUGACUCCCAACUGAGGAGCGCCACAGAUUUCCGAACCGCCGCGAGUUCUUGCUGGAUUCGCUGGGGGCGGAGCGCGGACUCGUCGGGCCAGCGCGAUGCAGCAGCAAGGCUUAGACGUACACAAGCUACAACAGGUAGUGAAGACCCGCUGGCUGAAGCCUCAAGAAGUUCUGCAGAUACUACGGAAUCAUGACCUGUUCAUGGUCUCACAUAAGCCCCCACAGAAGCCACCGAGUGGUUCUUGGUUUCUUUUCAACCGAAGAGUACUUCGGUACUUCCGGAAUGAUGGAUAUGAAUGGCAAAAGAAGAAGAAUGGGAAGACCGUUAAUGAAGCCCAUGAGCGCCUCAAGGUUGAUAACGUGGAUGCGCUGAAUUGCUACUAUGCUCGUGGAGACAAAAAUCCCACAUUUCAGAGGCGGAUAUAUUGGAUGCUUGAUCCGGCUUAUGAACACAUUGUUCUUGUCCACUAUAGAGAUGUUCUAGAGGGAAGCAUUUCAGUAUCAGCACGAAAUGAUUCUUCAACAUCGAAUCAGAAUGGCAGUGCUAGCAGAGCUGAAGUACACAGUUCACCCGGUUGGACAAGUGAGUUUGUUUUGCCAUGUCCCAAUUCAUCCAGUCCAGGAUCUGCAGAAGAAGUUAGUUCCCGAACUGUGACCAUAAACAAUGAAACAAAUAGAAGUGGAUCUGAUUGGAUUCAACAUAAGGCAGCCUUGCGGAAACUUGAAAUGCAGCUGAGUCUGGAAGACAAAGAAGAUUCCAAUGUUCUAGCCGAGGAAGUUCCAACAAAUAUUGAGCAUGUUAUUGUCCCUGGAAUUCAGACUGGGGAGCCAGGCAGUUCUGCAAAUUUUGAGGAUAUCUUUAAUGUACUGGACUUUAGUAGAGAUCAUACCAAAGAAAAUGGAACUGACCCAUGUCCCAGUGCUAUUGAUGUGUUAAAAAAUUCAGACACGUGGUUGGAGGAGGAUCAACUUGAGGCAAUUCUGCAUCCAGCUUCUAUGGCACCGACCGAAAACCUAUGGUUCAAUAUCCAUGAGGUUUCUCCAGAAUCGGCAUUUUCUUCUGAAAUUACAAAGGUUAUUGUUUUAGGAGACUUCCUUUGCAAUCCUUCUCAUAGCUCAUUGGCAAUGCUGUUUGGUGAUGUUAAGGUACCCGUGGAAAUUAUCCAGCAAGGUGCCAUCCGUUGCCACACUCCAUGCCUUAAUGCUGGAAAAGUGUCAAUGUGCUUGAUAGAUGGGAACGGGAAACCCUGCAGUGAAGCACGAGAAUUCGAAUUCCAUGAGAAGCCUACCAAGAGCAUGGUUGAUGGAAAUGAGAAACCGUGCAAUGAAGCACAAGAUAUCAAAGUCCAUAAGACACCUACCAAAAGUAAUGAUGAGCUAUUGUUGCUGCUCAAUUAUGUGCAGAUCCUUUUUGGUCAUGGUUGUGACGUAUUUUCAAAAUUUAGCCCGCAACUCCCAAAUCCUGGCUGUGGAUUCCUAGUUAACCAAAUGGAUAUUAUGCGGAAGACAUAUGAGCAGCUGGACCCUGAGAAGACAGUAUAUAGUGUCAUGGAAGUAUUGCUUAAUGACAAGUUUAAGCAGUGGCUGUUAUCCAAAUGUGAACAGAAUAGUGAUGGAAAUCAUUUGCUUCCUAAGCAAUACCAUGGUGUUAUACAUACAAUUGCAGCCUUGGGAUAUGACUUGGCUUUGAAGCCACUGCUUAGUUCUGGAGUACCUAUAAACUACCGUGAUGGAAAUGGAUGGACUGCUCUACAUUGGGCUGCAAGAUUUGGCAGGGAGGAUAUGGUUGUGGCUCUUCUUACUGCCGGGGCUGCAGCUGGUGCACUUUCACAUCCAACGUCAGAAGAUCCCGCUGCCAAAACACCUGCUUCAAUAGCUUUGGCAUUUGGUUUUAAGGGCCUUUCCGCAUUCCUUUCAGAAGAACAAUUAACAACUCAUCUUGAUUCUAUUGAAUCCAAAGAAAAUGGAAAGUGCGAAGGCAAUGCUAGUGGCGGUGGAAUACGUAGUGCUGUGGACAGAAUAUCGGAUAAAAGCACCCAUGUGCAUGGUGGAACUGAUGAUCAGCUUGCGCUUAAGGAUUCCCUAGGAGCUGUCCGAAAUGCUGUUCAAGCUGCUGCGCGCAUACAAGCCGCGUUCAGAGUGUUUUCCUUUAAGAAAAAGAAAGAGACGGCUCUUCAGAACAGCUGCUUGUCCGUUCAUGAGACAGUUGCAGUUUCACAUGGUAUGCUGGAGAGAGCUGCAUUAUCUAUCCAGAAGAACUUCAGGUGCUGGAAAAAACGUAAAGAAUUCCUGAAGUUGCGAAAAAAUGUGAUCAAGAUACAGGCACGGGUGAGAGCUCAUCAAGAAAGAAAGAAGUACAAGGAACUAAUUCGAAGUGUUGGUGUCCUUGAGAAGGUGAUGCUUCGUUGGUACCGAAAAGGGGUUGGUUUGCGGGGAUUCAAUUCUGGAGCAAUGCCAGUUGAUGAAGAGGUGGAAGAAGACGUUGCCAAAGUUUUCCGGAAGCUAAGAGUGGAAACAGCGAUUGAUGAAGCUGUUUCAAGGGUAUCAUGCAUCAUCGGGAGUCCUAAAGCAAUGCAGCAGUACCGAAGGAUGCUUCAGAGGUACCAACAAGCAAAGGUGAAUAUACCAAAGGAUGCUUCAGAGGUUCCAACAAGUAAAGGGUGACCAUGAAAAGUAGUGCUUGUGUUAAGCCUACAGUGAUGGAGCAACGCACAAGCCACCCACUAUUCUCUUAUCUCCAGUGUUGAAGGAUCUAAAUAACAGUCUGCCUUGGUGAAGAGUAAACCCGUGGUGAUUGAAAGGACAGUGGAUCCCGAGGAAAAAACUGAAAGUGAUUCAGUACCGUCUCCAAUUCAUGCUGAACGCUCUGAGUGUACAUAGCAGCGUCAUGUGCAAAACGGCUGACUUUCGGCUGAAAGUCGAGAAGGGUGAAGGUCGACGUAUCGUGUAUAUACCGUGUGUUCACGAGUAGGUUUUCAGUAACUUCGUACUAUAUGGUAGUAGUAAAUAUGGGCAAAGCUGCUGUAGCACAAUGAAUCAUGUAAGGAAUCUCAGUUACCAUUUGCCAACGAGAAAUUCUCCCAUCCCUUUUACACAUGGGAUCAAAUGA